AUGGCUGCCAACCCUGUACAGAAUGGACUCUUCGUCCAUGAGAACACUGCCCCUCCUGCCCACCCCAGCUUGCUGAGCAUGUUCUCCCUGAAGGGCAAGACGGCCAUCGUCACAGGCGCCGGUGCAGGCAUCGGUCUGGCCGUGGCCCAUGGCCUUGCUGAAGCCGGUGCCAACGUGGCCCUGUGGUGGGGUUCUAAUAGCAGUUGCAACGAGCGGGCAGCCGAGAUCGCCUCCAAGUAUGGCGUUCAGACCAAGGCUUACCAGGUCGAUGUUACCAACGCGGAUGCCGUGAAGGCGGCCGUCGACCAGGUCGUGCAGGACUUUAACGGUCGACUGGAUGUUUUCAUCGCCAAUGCCGGUAUUCCCUGGACCAAGGGGCCCAUGGUCGACGGGCCGCUGGACCACUACACGAGUGUGGUUGAUAUCGAUUUGAACGGCACCUUUUACUGCGCCAGGGCGGCGGCGGCGCACUGGCGGAGACAGAAGGAGGAGGGCACCGACAUUAACGGGAACAAGCUGGACAACUUUACUUAUGGUAGCUUUGUGGCUACUGCUUCCAUGAGCGGUCACAUUGUCAACUUUCCUCAGAUGCAGGCGGCAUACAACGCCUCCAAAGCGGCAGUCAUCCAUCUCUGCAAGUCGCUGGCCGUCGAAUGGGUCAAGUUCGCGCGCGCCAACACCAUCUCCCCGGGAUACAUCGCGACUGAGAUCUCCAAUUUCAUUCCGGCGGAGACCAAGAGCAUCUGGAAAGACAAGAUCCCGAUGGGCCGUGAGGGACAACCGGAGGAGCUAAAGGGAGCAUACCUGUACCUGGCGUCGGAUGCCUCCAGCUAUACGACCGGAGCGGACUUGGUGGUAGAUGGCGGCUACUGCGCUCCGUAA